AUGAUCUCUCGUCAAUUUUCGAGAGCAUAUAGGGCUGUAGCCCCGCCAGUUUUUUCUAUCAAAAAACGUAAUUUUGCCCAAAUUCUUUCUGAAAACAUAGGGAGAGAGAACGUACCAAUUUCGAAUUUAGAACCUGACAAAUAUUUAAAUUAUAAAAGAAUUCAAGAUAAUCUGGCCAUUGUAAAAAAAAGGUUAGGAAGACCUUUGACAUAUUCCGAGAAAAUCGUUUAUGGUCAUUUGGACGAGCCACACGGACAAGAAAUUGUACGUGGGAAAUCGUAUCUUAGAUUACGUCCCGAUCGAGUUGCUUGUCAAGAUGCUACAGCUCAAAUGGCCCUUCUACAAUUCAUGUCUGCUCGGAUGCCAGAAGUGGCAGUACCGACUACUGUACACUGUGAUCACUUAAUUGAAGCACAAGUAGGGGGAUCUAAAGAUUUAGAUCGUGCAAUUAAAACUAAUGCUGAAGUCUAUGAUUUCUUAUCCACUGCUUCCCAAAAAUACAAUAUUGGGUUUUGGCGUCCCGGCUCUGGCAUCAUUCAUCAAAUUAUAUUGGAAAACUAUGCUUUUCCCGGUGGUCUUAUGAUUGGCACUGAUUCUCACACACCAAAUGCGGGAGGUUUGGAUGUAAUCCUUAAAGUAGCCGGUAUUCUAACUGUUAAAGGUGGUACUGGUGCGAUAAUCGAGUAUUUUGGACCUGGUGUUGAAUCACUGUCUUGUACCGGAAUGGCCACGAUUUGUAAUAUGGGUGCGGAAAUAGGUGCCACUACAUCAGUUUUCCCUUUCAAUAAACGUAUGGUUGACUUUUUGCGUGCCACAAAGCGUUCCGAAAUUGCAUCUUACGCAGAAUCCUUUUCCCAUAAUUUACGCGCGGAUGAAAAUGCUCAGUACGAUCAAGUUAUUGAGAUCAAUUUAUCAGAAUUAGAACCACAUAUCAAUGGACCUUUCACGCCCGAUUUGGCCACUCCUAUAAGUAAAUUUAAAGAGGCAGUCGAAAAAAACUCAUGGCCAUCAGAGUUAAAAGUUGGUUUAAUUGGUUCAUGUACAAAUUCUUCAUACGAAGAUAUGUCUCGAUCUGCAUCAAUUGCGAAACAAGCUCUUGACCAUGGUCUCAAGGCAAAGUCCAUGUUUACAAUCACUCCUGGCUCAGAACAAGUUCGUGCAACCAUUGCACGUGAUGGUCAAGAGCAAGUAUUAAAAGAAGCUGGCGGAUUGGUCUUAGCUAAUGCCUGUGGUCCAUGUAUAGGGCAAUGGGAUCGUAAGGACGUUAAGAAAGGAGAAAAAAAUUCCAUUGUAACAUCAUAUAAUAGAAAUUUUACAGGACGUAAUGAUGCUAAUCCUGCAACUCACGCUUUUGUCACUUCCCCAGACAUUGUAACAGCGAUGGUAUUUGCAGGUGAUCUUAAAUUUAAUCCCCUUGCAGAUGACCUUAUUGGUGUAGAUGGAAAACCUUUCAAAUUUCACGAUCCAAUUGGAGAUGAAUUGCCUCCUCGUGGUUAUGAUCCUGGUAAGGAUACAUAUCAAGGUCCACCAAAGGACCGUAGUUCAGUUGAAGUACACGUUGAUCCUAAAAGCAAUCGACUUCAGUUAUUGGAACCAUUCUCCAAAUGGAAUGGUAAAGAUAUCCAAGAAAUACCUAUUUUAAUUAAAGUUAAAGGAAAAUGUACUACGGAUCAUAUAUCAAUGGCUGGACCUUGGCUUAAAUAUCGUGGUCAUUUGGAUAAUAUUUCGAAUAACAUGUUGAUUGGAGCCGUUAACUCUGAGAAUAAUUCAGUUAAUAAAGUUAAGAAUUUAUUAACUGGAGAAUAUGAUACCGUACCUAAUGUUGCGCGAAAUUAUAAGUCAAAAGGUAUCGGAUGGAUUGUAAUUGGUGAUGAAAAUUAUGGAGAAGGUUCUUCACGAGAACAUGCAGCUUUGGAAGUUCGUCAUCUAGGCGGUUUAGCAGUAGUUGUGAAAUCCUUUGCCAGAAUUCACGAAACUAAUCUAAAAAAACAAGGGUUGUUACCUCUUACAUUUGCCAAACCAGAAGAUUAUGAUAAAGUUGAACCAAAUGACAACGUAUCAAUUAUUGGAUUAACCAAUUUCACCCCCGGUAAACCGUUAACACUUAGACUUCAUAAAAAGACAGGAGAAGUAGUUGAUAUUCCAGUUAAUCAUACUUUUAAUGAAAAUCAGAUUGAUUGGUUUAAAGCAGGUUCAGCUUUAAAUAAAAUGGCUGAGAAACAUGCUCACUGA